AUGCAUGGCCCCAGGAAAGUAGGCCUCCACCUGCGAUGCAACGCUUCAGGCGCCCGCCUUCAUGGGGUGAUGGCGGCCAACUAUUGGGAGUCGUCCCAAUGUAAGCGCUGGCUCCUGCGGCAUGCGGACGUUGAGGCAGCUCGUGAAGAGGAUCGCAGGUAUGUUGAUCCGCUGGAGCUGGAGGGCAUUACAGUAUGGUGUAUCAAUAAUCCGAUUUUAGUGCUGGUGACAUGCAUGUACCUAGCGAGCAAAGUGGAAGAGGCGCCAGUGCGAAUCCGUGUUCUCUGCGCCGAGGCGAGCAGAAUGAUGCAGGAACUUGGCUACCAUGAGCUUCCGAAUCAUAUCCCAACCAUUGCAGAAAUGGAGUUCUACUUGCUCGAGGAGCUGGAUUUUGACCUACUGGUGUUUCACCCGUACGAUACCCUAAUGACACUCUGUGACGCAUGUGUGGGCUAUGUCAAGAUGGAUACCAACCAUCGUGACGAGAUGCAGGCAGCCUUGCGCCAGGCGAGCUGGUCCAUCGUCAACGACAUGUAUCGAUCUAGUCUACCCCUCGAACAGCCGCCGUAUGUGCUGGCCGUGGCGGCAUUGUAUUUGGCCCUGGUGGUCGUAUUGCCAAUGGCACAGGAGGUCCAAGCAUUAGUGCGCGAUAUGGCACCUGGAGGCGUUACAUUGCUCGAUUUUUUAGCGGGCAUGAAUGUGUCGUUGCCGAUCGUUGCCGAUACUGUGCAGGAUAUGUUGUCGCGCUACGAUUUGUGGCGCCAGUUGACACAUACCCCGCAUGGUGGACUCGAUAUGCUACAUGAUCAUGCGGCUAUGUUCCAGCGGCUUUAUCACAUGCGAAAGGCCUACUGCCAAACACUCGUCACACGAUCUGAGAUAGAAGACACAACCGACCGCGACCUGCGGACGUACUGA